AUGUGCACUAAGAAAGGUAUUCCUUGCCCUGGCUAUGUUGAGAAUCGAAACAUUAUACCACACCGGCUCGUCCUGACCCGCACGCAAAACCGCGAGACUAUUCGACCAGUUGCUCGCUUCCCUAAUAAAAUUCAGCCUCUUCCCUCACAGUCUCGGUUGAACAUGAGCGCCCAAGUCCGAACCCAGUUUUUCUCGGGUUUUAUGAACACCCUCUUCGCUCAUAAUACUCUUACCCAUGGCAAAGAUGAUACCUGGUAUCUCUUGAUGGCUCACUUUCCCAGUAUGGCCGGUGAGUCUGAGCUGGUGGACCGGUCUGUCUUUGCAAUAGCAGCUACUGUCCUCGCCAGGAAGACGGGAGAUGCUCAUUUAAUACGCCAUGGGGUUGAGAUCUAUAACAUUGCGAUUGCAGGAUUGGCCCGCAUGCUACAACGAAAUUGCAAACCAACCCUUGAGAUGUUUUAUGCGAUGAUUCUUUUCCAUACUUAUGAGUUGAUGCAAACUGGCGAUGAUACAUUGCGGAAUUGUUUGGUCCAUGUCCAAGGUGGAACGGCUAUUUUGAAAAACAUCAGCUGCGUCGAUGAAAAAGAAACCUCUUUUCUCCAGGCCAUGAUGACGAGGCAGAAAUGGGCAGCGGUCAGAGACUAG